AUGCAAUCUACUGCUAAUAGACUAUCCGAAGAAAUAACUGAUCUGAAAAAGCAACAAGGUAAACUUCGAACUCAAAUAAGCCAGCAAAGAACUGGUUCAUGGCGUAACACAUUAAGAAAAAAGAUUUUCCGAACACCUCAAACCAAGCCAAAUGAAAAAUUAAAUGACAUAUCAACAUCAAUCAAAGCCAAAACCAAAUCAUUUAAGAAUGAAGAAGCAACAUUUCAUCGAGAAGCAGCUAAUAUUAUCGAACAAAAUACAAAAGCUGAAUUAAGACUAAUUAUAUCAAUGAAACAACAAUUUACUGACUUUGUUAAAUCUUUUAAUAUAUUUCCCAAUGAAUUUAAGGAAGCAUUAGCAUGUUGUAAUCCUAAAAAAGAUCUUCACGAAUGGAAACAUAAUAUUCUUCAUAAAAGUGCUGAACAAUCAUCCGAAUCUUCAGACGAAGAGGAAGACCACGAUCAGAAAACCAAUCGGUAUCUAAAAUCUGUCAAAUCUCGAUCAAUUGAAGAUGAAAAUAGUAAUAACAAAAAAAACAUACGUCAGUUAUCACUCCGAUCUCGAUCAGUUGCAGACAAAAAUCGGGAGAAAAAGAUAAAAGCACCUCAUGAAUCAUCUGAAUUCCAGGCAGUUAAGAGCGAUGACAUCGAUGCCGACAACUAA